AUGUCUCCCAAGGCCUCCUGCCCUCCACCUCUGGUCCCCUACGGCUGUCGGUUGCAGCAGUUGGUGCAGGGCGACCUUGCUGCGGCCGCCCCCCAGGUGCCGGGACCGGCCGGGUGGUGUGUCCGGGCUCUCCUCAAGUGGGAGCCGCCGCACCGCUCCAGCUUUGCGCCACCAGCGUACGUCCCGCAUGGCGCAGGUGGCAGCGAGACUGGAGCUGGCUCCGGCUGCCUGCGCUGCCCCCUGCCCUUGGAGGAGGAGCCCCACCGAGUUUCUAUUUCUGUUUUUCUUAAUGUAGGUUACAGAAUGAAUGAUGAUAUUUUAAGCUCCCUGGACAAACUGCUGCUACAGUUUGUUUUUAAGCUUGAGCAAGCAUCUUACUCCAAAAAACAUGCAAGACAACAGAUACAGAUAUAUAAUGCUAAUCUUGUUGGGGAAAAAGGCAAAAUAUGUUGGCUGCAGGAAGAGAUUAACAAGAAUGAGGAGGUGAUUAUUAGUCUUCAGCACAACAACAGCGGCAAGAAGAACUGUAAUGUUUGGAAACCAACAUACAUGAUUCUAAAUAAACAUGAGGAAUAUUUGCAGAGGGAACUCCAGGACUGCAUGAAAACAACAGAAAAAGACAAGAAAAUGUACCAGGAAUACAUGAACCAGUACGAAGAGACUUUCAAACAGCACCAAGCAAAAUAUUUAGAAACGGAAGUUGUCCCGAAACAACUUGAAUUUGAAGAAAUACGAAACAGAGUUCUGCAACAGUCUGAAUGGGUUAAACAGAAAGAAUCUGAAGUGAUGGAUCUUCAAGAACCUGGUCAAUUUCAAUCACUUUUUUACUGGGCAUCUCAAAUUGCUUCUUUGAGGCAGAACACAAAGGAAACUCUUCGGCACGUAAACGUUCUCAGGCAGCAAUCACUUGAAUUAGACAAAACAGCAGAGGAGCUGGAAAAGAAAAUGAAUUCUUUCAAGCAGCAACUUGAAAGGGUUACAGAAGAUCAAACCUAUUCUGACGCGGGAGAAAGAAAAAGUGAGGAAAAUGAUGAAACAAUGAAGGACUUUGAUAACAGCUUGUUCGAAGUGGGCGAUCAGCCACACUUGUUAAAUGAAGAACAUCAGAAAUAUAAACCAUUGCAUUUCCCUAGCAUUUCUCAGAAAUUUGUCCGAAGCAUACCAGCUCUGAAGCCAUUGUUAAAGCUGGCAGAGACAGGUGUGCAGGAGAAAGAAGAUUCUGGAAGACAUUCAGCAAUGACCAGUAUUUAUUUCAGUCCUGUGGAAAAUGAAACACAGAAAUGUAAUGACACUGCAGGAACGUACAAUGCAAAACCUGCCCAGGUUACCUCUGUAAUGAGCUUGCAAAGAGAAACACCGUUCAGGUUGGUGGCUUAUCAGAAGCAAACAAAUAGCAAGCAGUGGUUGGAGACAGAGGCUACAGAAAUAGGUAAAAUGGAUGGACAGAGAGAAUGUAUUAUUAAGUCAGUGGGACAUAAUUCUGCUUCAGGAGAAGAAUGCUCUGAAAGCUUCCCAAGAACCCCCGAGCCUAACAUAUCUGCGAAGACACCUGAGUCCAGUGGAGCUCCGUUUGAAUUACUUCAGUCAGAAAACGAAGGAUUGACAUCAAAGUCACCAGCGUUUUGCUUUCUUACUAGCUUUAAUGCAAAGUCACCAGGAUUUAAUUUCUUUGAUUCUUCUGCAUUUGGAGCUGAACAGUCACCAGACCAUCAGGCAGGCAAAAACUUUUCUACUGGAAAUCUAAAUCCUGUUUCCCCACAUGAACCUAUUGGAGAUUUAUUUGGGAAAAUGGAUAAUGAGGAUUCGUUUCCCUUUUCCUUUCCAUCGUGUUCUUCUGUUCAAGUCUUUCAAGACGGGAAAGACGACUUCAGUUUUCCCUUUGCAUUUGGAUCCCAGACAGCUUCCCAAAAAGGAUUUCAGACUUCUUCACAAAGUAGAAGGGCAUUUUCACUUUUUUAA